GGAGUCCUCCCAUUCAUAAAAAUGUAACCCCCGCAUUUGAGUUCUGAGACGUUGUGCCCUCCCAUUCACUAAAAAAUAUGUCAAGGCAUCUGCGCAGUACGUUCUUCACCCUCCCAUUCAUAAAAACCAAUUUCCCCAUGUAGUUGCAACAUUGUAUCAAAAAGCCUGUGUCCUCACUGCAGUAAGCAUCGAAUGGAUAGUGUUCAAUAAUUUUUGGCUUUGAGUUUUUUCUUUACUUGGGAGAAAUAUCUUUGGAAUAUACAUGCAGUCUUCGAGCUCAACAGAGAAAUGCGCUGCUAGUCUGGAAAAGACUGCUAGAUGUUGAGCUCUUUGUUUACUGUAUGAGGGACACAACCACACAGAUGGAGUCGAGGGUUCCCCACCACAUCCCCGGAGUGUCUUCCUCCACUAUAUCCCAGCCGUUGCUGGACAGUAGGGUUCCCUAUGGAAGGCUACAGCACCCACUCACCAUCUUCCCCAUCGACCAGAUGAAGUCCUCUCAUGUGGAGAACGAUUAUAUUGACAGUCCCGCUGUGGUCUCCCAGCAACCCCCCAGCCAGAAGGCUGUCAACAGGGGGGCCCACGAGGCACUGCUAGGGGCCCCCCACCACCCCCAACUGGCACGCAGCAACCCUCACGAUGCCACCACACACCCCUGGAUAACCUUCAGCGGGCGGCCCAGCUCCAUCAGCAGCAGCAGCAGCACCUCGUCAGACCAGAGGCUGCUGGACCACGCAGCCCCAACGCCUGUGGUGGACCGCAGCUCCACCGUAGUCACCACCAGGACCCCCUGCUGCGAGCCCAAAGCGCUCACCUCAAAGCCCCUGGACCUAAAGGCUGCUGCCCAGGGGGCCGUGGUGGUUGACAAGAAGCACAUGCUGCUGUGUGAGAUUUGUGGGAAGUGCCGGUGCACCGAGUGCACCCUGCCCCGGACCCUGCCCUCGUGCUGGGUGUGCAACCAGGAGUGCCUGUGCUCAGUGCAGAGCCUGGUGGACUCAGCCACCUGCAUGUGCCUGGUCAAGGGCAUUUUCUACCACUGCACAGAGGACGAGGAUGAUGAGGGCUCUUGCGCCGACCGCCCGUGCUCCUGCCACCAGUCUAACUGCUGUGCGCGCUGGUCCUUCAUGGCAGCCAUGUCCCUGGUGCUGCCCUGUUUGGUGUGCUACCUACCUGCCAUGGGCUGUGUCAAACUGUCGCAGAAGUGCUACGACAAAACCAGCCGCCCGGGCUGCCGCUGCAAGAACUCCCAGCAGGCCUGUAAGAGCAUGGAGGCCAAGGCUGGAGGCCAGGAGAAACAGGCCUCAUGAUAGUCACUGGCUGUUGCCUUAUCAAUACCCUCUGGAUAGGACAAUCCCCCC